AUGUCUUCAACAUUCCAGUACAGUCAAGAAUUGACCUCCUGGUCCUCCGUUUCCUGGAAAACCAAGGAGGCAUAUCCCCAACGGGUCAACUACCUCGACAGCCUAGGUAUGGAGCGAGCCUGUGCACGCAUCGGCCGAUUACCUGCCCUUGUCAGCCAAGCCAGGAUCGAUGAACUCAAGGACCAUUUUGCAGCCGCUGCUAAUGGGUCAGCGUUCAUCCUUGUGGGCGGCGACUGCGCCGAGAACUUUGAUGACGUUCAAGAAGACAUUAUCCGAGAUAAGUAUCGGCUACUGCAGGACCAGGCUGCGAAGAUCGAGUCGGUACUGCAGGUCCCGGUGCAUACAAUCGGACGGAUUGCGGGCCAGUAUGCCAAGCCGAGGUCUCAAUUGAUGGAGACUCUGGAGACUGGCGAAGUCGUGCAUUCUUUUCGUGGCCAUAAUGUGAAUGGUAUUGGGAUUCAGGAAAGGGCUCCUGACCCGGAACGUCUGGUUCAGGGAUACUUGUAUGCUGCGGCGACGGUGAAUUGUCUUUCUGUUAUUAGCAAGCUGGAAGGUCGAGAAAUAUGGACCUCGCAUGAAGCUCUGCAUUUAGAGCUGGAAACAUCGCAAACAAAACAAGGCUAUAAUACCUCCGCUGGUUUUCUGUGGCUGGGCGAACGAACCAACCAACCCAAUAACGCCCAUGUCGAAUACCUUCGAGGCUUGGAGAACCCUCUCGGCGUGAAGGUUGGACCCACUGCCACGCCCGAGAGCGUGCUGGCAGUGCUGAAAAGGCUAUGCCCUCAAGGUGUGGCAAACGUGGAGAGAGUAUUGCCUCCAUUGGUAGAAGCGGUGCGGAAGAGUCCUUACCGAGUUGUGUGGAUGAGUGAUCCUUGCCAUGGGAACACCAUUUCGGCCAACGGCAUUAAGACACGAUGUGUUGCUACCAUGCUUGAGGAGGUACAGAGGAUUAUAGACGUGCUAUGUCUUCAUGGUCUCGCCUUGGGUGGUCUGCAUCUCGAGCAGACGGGGGAGGAUAUCCAUGAAUGCGUAGCCGGUACGACGGAAGAAGGCCUACAGCUGACUGCAGGCGAUAAGUAUCGCACGCUCUGUGACCCUCGUCUUUCUGGGGAGCAGGCACGUCGGCUCGUACAUGAUGUUGCUGAACUGCUGAAAGAAAGGGGACCUCGAUUGGAGCAAAAGCAGACCGGAUGGAGAGACUGGCUUUCAUUGAAUUGGAACACAGAAACCAGGUACCCAGAUUUAUAG